UUUGGCGGGAUAUUUUACGUAGCAAGGACAUCAUUCGUAAUGGGCUCGGAUGGCAGGUGGGAGACGGGAAAGAGAUCUCCUUUUGGUUCGAUAUUUGGGUGAAAGAUAAACCCCUCCAUGAAGAACUUGAUUCCCCGUUAGCGGCUUCUGCACGACAGGUCAAAGUGGCUGAUUUUUUACUGAGCAACCGAGAUUGGGAUAUCUCAAAACUGGAGACAUUACUCCCUGAGGAAGUCGUAGAGGAGGUGAAUGAAGAUUGGAGCUGGUUAUGGAAGAUACGCACGUCCGAGAAAGUACGAUGUUUUCUUUGGCUUGUGAUGAAAAAUAAACUGCUCACCAAUGCAGAAAGAGGUAAACGACACAUCACUGAAGAUACUUCUUGUAAUCUUUGUAACAACGAGGAGGAAACAGUGCUCCAUAUCCUCCGAGACUGCCCUUUUGCCAUGGCAGUUUGGAGGAAAAGCGGGUUGGGCUUGCCGAGAAUCGGAGAUAUGAGUCCAACCAGUCUCGAGUGGGUCCAUAGCCACUGUAAAGCUGCAGGAGACACUUCGGGUAGAACACCUCAUGCUUCCAGGUUUGCAUAUACAGCUUGGUUGGUUUGGAAGUCAAGAAAUUCUUGGAUCUUUGAGGGAAAGAAGCCUGAUGUGGAUCGGACAGUUAGGAAGGCACACCUUUUAGCUGAGGAAUACACUAAUAUAACCAUUCUCAAUAGUAUCAAGCAACAGAAGGAGGCUAAAAUUGUUAAGUGGAUUCCCCCAGAAUCGGGAUUCUUCAAGCUAAAUUGUGAUGGGUCUAGCCGAGGAAGGAGAAAGGGAGCCGGGGCAGGUGGACUAAUACGCAACCACAAAGGUGAAUGGGUGAGUGGCUUUAUACUAAAUAUUGGAAAGACCGGAAUGUUUUAAAUCAGAGCUUUGGGCUCUAAGACAGGGUUUAUUGUUAGCUUGUGAUCUCGAUAUAAAUAAAGUUAUUGUGGAAGUUGAUUCUGAAAGUAUGCUAAAAGUUGUUAAGAAGAAAAAUAGUCUCACCAACAGAAUAGGGGUGUUGGUUCGGGAUUGUCAAAAGCUUCUUGCAGAUGAAAGAUUUAUCAAAUUUCAACACACUUUUCGCGAAGGAAAUAAUUGUGCAGAUUCACUAGCUAAUGCCGCUCACGAGUCAGCAAAGGGUCUCUUAAUACUCCACGAACCACCUGUCUGGAUUAAGAGUUUACUUCAGGAGGAUGCUAAUGGUUUUGAGCGUAUUAGAUAUUAAUGUAUUUCUGUUUUUUCACUUCCG